AUGGAGAUCCUUGAGGCAUCGAUCAAGUUGCUGGAAAUAGCGAAGCUUGUAACGGCUGACAUUCCCGUCCCCGGGCUCAACACUGCCCUUGAAUGUGCCCUCAGUAUUGCGAAGAAAGCCAAGGAAAUCAAAGACACCCGGGAUGAAUGCCGAGCGCUCGCCCAGCGUGCUGCAGACCUCGUGUUAAUAAUAUACGAGCAGCUCAAGAACGACAGCGGCCAGACGGCGGCAAAAGAGCAUGUCACGAUGUUUCUACACAACUUGCUAGACAUCGAGAACUUGAUGGUCCGACGUCUGCAAGCCGGAACAGGAGAACGCAUCCUGUUUGCAUUCAAUAUCGGGAAAAUCGCCAAGGAGGUUCAGACGCUGACCGCAAGGCUCGAAGAAUCCUAUCGCAACUUCAUGAUCCAGGCUGCGUUAUCCAUCCACCAGAGCAUGGACACGCUGACGAGCGGGAACGUCCGUAUGCUGCAGCACAUUGACGACUCGGCUCACGUCGGAGAAGCUGUGCUUGGAGAUACUAGAAAGAUUCGCACCGACCUCACGGAUCUUGCGCUUCGUGUCGGAGCGAGCGCGAUGUUCGACGGAAAUUUCCGGCUCUUCGCACGCGAAAACCUCACCUUCUUGGAACCUAUAGUCGAGCUGGCGUACAAGUCACACCACGCAGCCACGCAACAACGAGACGAACAUACCGCCAUCCAGGCAACUGCUCGGCCUCGCACUGGACGCGUCUUCCGCUACCGCGCCAUCGUGAAGGCUGCCGGCGAACUUUCUGGAACGAAUGUCGUAGUGUACACAUAUCCCAAUCGCGGUAUUGAACGAUUCACGGAGGCGAUCAAAUUUGCGAAGCAAAGCUGUCAUCCAUACGUUCCGGCUAUACUAGGCUACUCCCGUCCGGGAGGUCCAGGUGAGGCCGCGUACAUCGUCACGGAAGACCUUGGCGAGAUGUGCAUCGAAUACGAGCUAGGCACAGGUGAGAACCAGAAACGAUGGAAGAGAUACCAGUUUUCCUACAUUCCCGUGAACACGACAUUUCUCUUUCAGCAAUGGGUGCACGUGCUAGACGAACUCGAUGCUGCCUCGCGGAUGAUACGUUCGCUACCGGAUCUGACAUGUGUGUUAGAAAGCUACCCAUGCAUAGGCAUAGUCCCACACCGAUACCUUUACACCGAGACUACUAUCACAAUGGGCGCACACGCCGCCGCCGAGCAGGUGUUCCCACCGCUUUGGUUUUUUGCAUUGCAAUUCGACAGCGGCGACAAUUUUGCCCACGACUGCAAUAUCCCAUGCGGGUUCUGGUCAUCGGACAAGUACCCUACAUCUAUUCCGGCGGAUAUUAUCUUCGAUCCAACGCCACAGUCCGAGCCCGUCUGGACCGACAUAGAAGCCCCGCUGUUCACCUCGACGCAAAUACUUGGGGACCUCAUAUUCACUACGCAGACAAAGAUGGAAACCAUGAUCAAACGGUUCUCCGAGGACGAGUUGUUGGCAUUUAGAGAGCUCCAAUUCAGCCAUCAUUCCUGA